AUGGCUAGUAUCAGAUCAGAAAUUCCUCUGUUACAGAAAGCCUCUCAUUUUGAGGAUCAUCAUGACGCUGAGCAACAAAUCCAUCAUUUUGGUGAACAACAACCAUAUCAUGAAAAUUCAAAUAUAGCAGUUCCUGAAUAUCAUGAAAGAACUGUGACAGUUAUUGACUGGACGAAAGAUAAUUUUAAUAGUCCUCUUCAAAGAAUUAGAGAUUAUUUCAUUUCUCUUUUUCCCAUCGCACAAUGGAUUUUACAUUAUAAUCCCACUUGGGCUUAUGGUGAUCUAAUUGCUGGUAUUACCGUCGGGGUUGUAUUGGUUCCACAAUCUAUGUCAUAUGCACAAUUAGCAGGUUUAGCUCCACAAUAUGGUCUUUAUUCUUCAUUUGUUGGUGUCUUUAUCUACUCUUUUUUCGCAACUUCAAAAGAUGUUUCGAUUGGUCCUGUUGCCGUUAUGUCUUUACAAGUUGGUAAAGUUGUAGCCAAAGUCCAAAGUGAAUAUGGUGCCCAAUAUAGUGCUCCAGAAAUUGCCACAUUCCUUUCGUUGAUUUGUGGUGGGAUUGCCGCUGGUAUCGGUAUCUUGAGGUUGGGUUUUGUUUUAGAAUUUAUUUCUAUUCCAGCAAUUAUGGGGUUUAUGACUGGUUCUGCCUUCAGUAUUAUCGUUGGUCAAAUUCCGGGUUUAUUGGGUUUUAACUCCUUUGUCAAUACUAGACAAGCUAGUUAUAAAGUUGUUAUCGAUUCCUUGAAGAACUUGAAACACGGUAACAUCGAUGCCGCAUUUGGUAUGGUCCCAUUGUUCCUUUUGUAUACUUGGAAGUUCACAACUAACUAUGGUAUGGAAAGAUGGCCAAGAUACAAAUCUUGGUUCUUCUAUGGUCAACAUUUAAGAAAUGCAGUUAUUAUCGUCUUUGCCACUUUGAUUGCUUGGGGUGUAGUUCAUCCUGAAAAGGUUAACUUCCAUGGUAAGGGUAAGUUCAAACCAUCUAUCAGUAUCAUUGGUACUGUUCCAGCUGGUUUGAGAGAUGUUGGUGUCAUGAAGAUUCCUCAUGGAAUUAUUGGUGCUAUGGCAUCUGAAAUUCCAGUUUCUACCAUUAUUUUAUUGUUGGAACAUAUCGCAAUCGCCAAGUCCUUUGGUAGAGUUAACGAUUACAAGGUUGUACCAGAUCAAGAAUUGAUUGCUAUUGGUGUUAACAAUUUAAUCGGUACUUUCUUCAAUGCUUAUCCUGCUACUGGUUCAUUUUCUAGAUCAGCUUUGAAAGCCAAGUGUGGUGUUAGAACCCCUCUUGCUGGUAUUUUCACUGGUGGUGUUGUGUUGUUGGCCUUGUAUGCAUUGACAAAGGCUUUCUACUACAUUCCAAAAGCAACCUUGUGUGCCGUUAUUAUUCAUGCUGUAUCUGAUUUGAUUGCAAAUUAUAAAACUACUUGGAAUUUCUGGAAUGUUGCGCCAUUGGAUGCUGGUAUUUUCAUUGUUGCUGUAUUCAUUACUGUUUUUUCUUCCAUUGAAAAUGGUAUUUACUUUGCUAUCUGUGCUUCAGUAGCUGUCUUGUUGUUCCGUGUUGCUAUGCCUGAAGGUACCUUUUUGGGCAGAAUUCGUGUUGCCGAAGUCAUUAACCCAAGCAUUGCCAUUUCUGAUGAAGGUAACUUUAGUAUUCAUGGUGAAAACAAAGAAGUUCAAAAUGUUUCAGCAUCAAACUCUUCUGAUGAAGAUAUUGAAAUCCAUCAAGUCUUAAGUAAUGGAUCAAAUUACAAUUCCGCUACUUCUAAUAAGUAUAAGGUUAAAGAAGUUGGAAAAUUAAAUGUUAAUACUUCUGCCAAAAAUUUGAUUCAAAAUAAUCCUAAUUUGAAAUUCCAAACAAGAUGGGUUCCAUUGAAUAAUAAGAAUAUUAAUAAACAUUUACAUGUUUCGCCACCUCCACCUGGUGUUCUUGUGUUUAAACCCAUUGAAUCAUUUACAUACCCCAAUGCAUCCAAGCAAGUUGAUAGAGUUUCAGAUGAAGCAAAGAGAUUAACUAAGCGUGGUAAGCCAUAUGAUCAAUUACCAACUGGAGCAAGACCUUGGAAUGACCCAGGUCCAAUUAAAUGGAACUUCCCUUUCUGGAAAGAGAAGUUUGCUAAACAACAUGAAUUUCAAGCUGAUGACAGACCAAUUUUGAGGAUUAUUCAUUUCGACUUUAGCUCUGUUGCAUCGAUUGAUGCCACUUCUAUCCAAGCCUUAGUUGAUCUUAGAAAGGCUUUGAAUACUUAUGCUGAUAGAGAGGUUGAAUUCCAUUUCUCAGGAAUUUUAUCUCCAUGGAUUAGAAGAGCGUUACUCAACUCUGGGUUUGGCUCUUAUGAAGAAGAUGGAUUAAUAAGCGAGACUGCGUAUGUCAAUAUUGGAACUUCCAAUGAUUUGGAAUUUGGUGCUGAUGAUGGAUAUUAUGCAGCAGUUGGUACCAAUACCCCAUUUUUCCACUUGGAUAUUCCUGAAUAUUCUUAG